UUUCUGGUCAAGUACUCAAGACUCAAGAGAAGAGAAGUAGGCUAGAGCUAAACCCUUCGAAAACCCAGUGAAAUGUCUUCUUCCGUCUGCCGCCGUCUCCGUGGCGUGUUCAAUGAAGUCUCUAAACCUUCUCCUCCCAAAAUCAAACCUUCUUCACCCACCAAACCCGUUUCUUCAUUUUCCGCCACCACUGCUGCCACUCCCAAGGAGAAGAAACUCCGAGAUUUGGUCGACAAGUUUAAGAGAUCUUCAAAGCACCCUUCAUUCCGCCGCCGUCACGACACCUAUGAAACCGCGGUUCGCCGCCUGGCAGCUGCUCAGAAAUUCUCUGACAUUGAAGACAUCAUUGAUCACCAAAAGAGAUACCCGGAAAUCACCAGAGAGAACUUCGUAAUCCGUCUCAUCUCUCUUUAUGGCAAAGCCAGCAUGCCCGAACAUGCCUUGAAACUGUUCGAUGAAAUGCCCGAACUGAACUGUAAGCGCACUAUCUUUUCUUUCAAUGCCCUGUUAACUGCCUACGUCAAUGCGAAGAAAUUUGAUAAAAUUAGCGAGCUUUUCAAAGAAUUGCCUGAGAAACUUUCAAUUGAACCGGAUGUUGUAUCCUAUAAUAUUGUGAUCAAGGCCCUGUGUGAGAUGGGGUCUCUAGAUUCCGCAGUUUCAGCAAUUGAUAGCAUGGAUAAAAAUGGGAUUGAGCCUAAUUUGAUUACUUACAAUACGGUUUUGGAUGCAUUGUCCAAAAGCAAGAACCUUUCACUCCUAGAGAAGGUAUGGAGCCAGAUGGAGAGUAGGAGUGUGGUUCCAAAUGUGAGGAGUUUCAAUACAAGAAUUCGUGGUUUAGUAAACGAAAAUCGGUUUCCUGAAGCACUAGAGUUGCUAGAGGAGAUGGAGAAAAAUGGAUUGAAGCCAGAUAUAUUCACUUACAAUGUGUUUAUUAAAGGUUAUGUUGAUGAUGGGAAUUUGGAGGAGGCUAAAAUGUGGUAUGGAAAGUUGGCAGAAAAUGGAUGCAGUCCUGAUCAUGUGACGUUUCGGUUGCUCAUUUCUCUAGCUUGUGAGAAAGGCGAAUUCUCUUUCGUUCUUGAACUGUGCAAAAAGUCUAUCGAUCUCGAACAAUUUCUUUAUGAUUCCACACUGCAGAGGGUUGUUGACAAAUUGGUUGAGCAAUCAAUGGUUGAAGAGGCCAAAGAGCUUGUAGAGUUGGGGAAUAAUUGUUCUCUCCAUUAUAAGUUGAAUUGCUGACCUUUGUUGUAAUGAGUUCUUUACUGAAUGAUCUUAGCUAAAUGCUCUAGUGGUAAUUUCCACCAUUUAAGGAUACAUUUUCUUUUUAAUUGCCAAAAGCUUUCUGUUUCUUUUUCUUGAUGAUAUAGUGCUUCUCCUCAGCACCAUUUACCUUAAUCUUAAUGUUACUUGUAGAAAUCUGUCUUGUUU